AUGGCAUCUUCUUUAAUGAACCAUACUAAUGGCGAACUUUUAUGGACUUUUUUCGAAAAUUGGCUUGACGAAAAAUUGGAUGCCAAUGAAGUUAUUGUCAAGAACACGGAUGUAAAAAAUAAUUGCAAACGAACCCAUGAUUUACCUUGGAAAGGUGUAACAAUAUCGGAAUCGGUGAAUAAACUGCUUGAAGAACUGAUCGAACAGCUGAUUGAUAAUUACGUGAAUAGCUGGUAUAAAACGAAAAUAAGCGAUGAUACUACAUUUAUCAAUGAAAUAAGAUAUCAGAUUCGUUAUGCCGUUGCCGUUUUAUAUUUGCGCCUUCAAAAGAUUGAUCUAUCUUCGACAAUUUUGUUUGAGGCUGUACCGCUGGCAGCAAUACAUUGUGUCAGGGUUGAGCACUUAAGAGCAACUAUUGAUAAAAGCAUGUCUUCAUCUCAUUUGGUUGAAACGAAAAUCCUGGAAGCUAUGCCGGAUGUACAUUUUGCUCUCAGCUCACGGCAAAAUGAAGUAGAUUAUCUACGCGAAUUGGCUGACCACUUAAUUGGGCUCAUAAUGGAUGAAAGGUGUAUUGCGGGUCAUCCCAGUGAUAGCGACUCCCCUUUUCGUGACAUUCUUACUAAUCAUCCGCGCCCAUGGGCAAGUCAUGUAUGUCGCCAUUUUCUGCGGGAACUUUUUGUUUUUUCAUUUUUCUUGCCUACCAUGGAUUUAAUAGCUGAUCCGGAUAUCAUCAAUCGAGUAUUGAUAUUUCUCUUUGAUUCGGAUGUUCUCAACUGUCCGCCAUUGUCUCAGGAAAGCAGACAAGUUGAAAUCUUACAUGGACUUACAGAUUACUCUCUAAACGACACUCCUGACUCACUGCUUCAGCUGAAGCUUAGUGAUAUGCUUCGGGAUACUGGGCAGUUAAUUAUGUUCAGGGCGUAUUUAAAUGAUAUUCAUGCGCCCCUAAACGAACUUGAUUUUUUGGUUCAUGCAGGCGAUGCGCAUGGAAGAAUGCUUAAUGUUCAGAAUGAUCUCGUUGCAAUGAGUGAGCUGCAGUACGAUAUUUGGGAGCUUUUUAUUAAAUAUAUUCACGAAGGUGCCCCGGAUAGGAUUAACCUUCCCAUUGAGAUUGUCUGUGAAUUUACCGAAGCAGUAGAAAAGCAUGACUGUGAAUUGCUUGAUCGGUGUCUAGAAAAGGCUUUUCAAAUUGUAUACAAACGAAUGCAGCAUGAAUAUGUGAUACCAUUUUGUCAGUCAGAAUGCUUCUUGGGUAAUUUAUGUGGUCCUCGACCUGUGGGUGUCGAUGAAUUAUUUACAUCUAGGGAAUACUCUAAAUCAACUCGUGGUCUUCUAUCAGCUGUUGAACCUAACUGUUCCCUAACUCAGUUCCGGAAUCGCUUUUGGCGAGUGGUCUUACCAACAGCUGAAUCAGUGGAUCCGUCAUUUGAUCAUUUGAAUAAUGUUGCACUAAGCGAGACGAAUAGUGGAAUCGAGCCUGCUGAUAAUAUCACGGAAGGUUUGGGUUCCGAUUCACCAGAUGAUGGUACAACGUUGCCAACUUUUGAGUUUGUCCUGAAUAAUGGAAAAGAAAAGACUGCAGAGAUGCAGGAUGAUCAGCUUAUCUCCAAUAUGCCCGACGAAGAGGUUGUUGAGCAGCAGAUGAUUUUGAGUAAUUCAUUUGAAAUACCGAUGUUUGAUCCGGAACGUGAUAUGAACAAAUGGAAUGUAACAUUCCAUAUGUUGAGCCACGACGAGAUCCUGUUGGUGGUCUGUCAUACAAUGUACGUCUAUGUCAUUUCGGUUGAACGGUUUGAUGUAAGCGAUGAUAUUGAUCAAAAAUCGUUAUCAGCCACUGCAGCACCACAAAAAUGGUCUGUCAUUCGCCAGUAUAACGAAUUUUACAUCCUGGAAUCAAAAUUGAUAGAGUUUCAUGGAAGUAUGAUUAAAACGGAGUCACUGCCGCCGCGGCGAUUUUUCAAUUGUAAAAGUCGUGUUUAUGUCGAAUCGCGACGAGAAAUUUUUGAACGUUUCAUUCACUUACUCACAAAGCAGCGAGCACUGAAACAGUCAGAUUUACUGUAUGUUUUUCUGAGUACUGAACAAAGAUUGAAGGAUUCAACACAAAUUUCUGAUCUCUACCCGUGGAAUAUGGUUAAAAAAGUGCCGGGUAAAUUUGCUCGCGAGAAAGGUCAGAAUUUGAAACCAUUCAUUUUAUCUCUGCUAGCGGCAACAUUGAUUCCUCAUCCGAACAACUCAAUGGAAUCUAGCGUUACUUCAUGUAUUCAUCCAGAAAUUGCAAAUCAAACACGAAGGAUAUUGGCAAGUGAUAUAUACGGUGACAAUUGUCCAAGUGCUCAGACAGAUUUCUCCCUCACGAAAAGUACAUUAUGGACGAACAGCUUCUAUGAUGCCGUACUUUUCAUUUUGAAUCGGUUGUUUGGUGUUGUUCGAUGGCCAAUAUGGAUAAUUAUUACCAUUCGACACUUAAUGGGUAGUACUAUUGAUGCAGUAGCAGCUGUACUGUUUAGACGUUUUCUGAGUAGAAUGUUUGUCGAUAUUAAUUGCAUACGUAUACUACGCUUCAUUCAGGAAUCAGUUUUCGGUUUUAACAGCUCAACAGAAACCGAUCAGGAAAAAAUGCUACGUAUGGAAUUGGCGCAACAUCUAACAUUGGAAUACUUGCAGGAACAGCUGCCAGUCUGUUUUAUUAAGUUAAUUGGUCAUAAGCAGUUCUCUCAGGGAAUGCAAACUAUUUUUCGCAUCUUGCAAUAUCCACGUUUAAAUAAACAACUAGCAUAUGUUUGUCUUGACAUAUUUAUACAAAAAAUUUUUCCAAUUGAAAAUGAGCGAAAUCUGGAGAUUAAAUAGACAUACAUUUUUCCAAUUUCCUCCACUGGUUGUAAUAGUAUCAUCAUUAAUUUAAUGUUGGUAUUUGUUGAUGAAUUUAAAU